GAUACCGAUGAAUGCAAAUCUUAUCCAUGUUUGAACGGAGGGAAGUGUGUAGAUAGAGUUUACAACUUUACCUGCGUUUGUCCAGGCCUUUAUACUGGAUGGCGAUGUGAAAGUACGUGUGUUUGAACUAAUCAAAAUUAAAAGUUUCCAAGGAUUUAAUUUAGCGGUCAUUAAUCGCAGAUCAGUUUCUGCAGCUUUUGCACAAGGGUUUGUGUUUUGGUUACCCUACUAGUAGAGUCGCUUCGAUCUUUCCUAGAUAAGUCGGGAAAGAGGAUCGCCUUCCUCUUUCCCGACUUAUCUAGGAAAGAUGAAAAGCGACUCUACCAGCAGCGUAUGUUUUGGUUUAUUUGACGUAUCAUUCGUGAUGAGGUGACCGGAGAGUGAACGCUUACAGCAUUGGCCAGAGUUUCCAAAUUCCACAACAGAAAUUAAUUAUUAAUAGCCAUCAGACAAAUUUCGAGAAUUUCGAGAUUCUAUUAAAGGCGAUGGGUUCUUUUCGUGGGACUGUUUUACUGACUUGAGACUUGACAGGUUCAAAAAGAACAAGUCGUGAAUGUAUACUUUAUGUUUUCCUCUGCUCUUCCCAAUUACCUCAGACUUUUGCGAGCAGAACAAUUUAAUUAAAAUUUGUAGCCUCUUACGAAGGAAUAAAUGAAACUAAGUGUAAUGAAAAACUUCCUUCGUUCUCUUCAUUUCUUUGUGCCUGACUAUUACUUUUUAUAUGUUUCCUUUCCCGUUUUUUAAAGGUACUGCCAAAGUAUCUCGUAAAAAUCUCCGGGCCCUUGGCUAUACUUCAAGUGGAACAUACAAUCUGAACGUCAACGGUUAUUCAUUUCAGGUAAGUCAGAGGGGGCAGAGCGUUUUGAAACGUGGGAAGGGGGUAUCUUCCCCUCAGCCAUACGGAUACCCCUACUAAGAUUUUCCAAAAUGAUCUUUGCGUUGUUCGUUGGCACAAGCAAACCUCUUUGCAAUCUUCACGGUGUUUAGUGUGUCGGUUAUCGAUUUUUGACAAUGCGUUGGUAGGCAGCUGCUUAAGCGUUACUAUUUUAUUGCCACUGCCACUGCCACUUUCGAAAGGCUACCACGCAGACUACACAGUAAUUUUCAAGGAGUUAUAUAAUAAUGACUCCUCUAGUGGAGUUAAUUUAACUCCUUACAGUGGAGUUAUUUUUUGGGAAGUUAUUUUAACUCCAAAAAGGAGUUUAAAUAACUCUUUUUCAGGAGUAAAAAUGACCCCAGAUAUUGAGGAGUUAAAAUAACCCCCCAAAAGGAGUUAUCUUGUACCUAAAAUUUUUACUUCACUUUCAGAGUUAAAUUAACUCCAAAAAGAGUAAAAAACAACCUAUGUAAGGAGUAAAAAUAACCCCAUUCUCGGAGUUAUUUUAACUCCAGACUGGGAGUAAAAAGAACUCUUUUUCAAGGGUAAAAAUGACCCCAAAUUUUAGAGUUUAAUGAGGAAUUAAAGUAACUCCCAAAAAGGGGUUACCCUGUACCUAAACUUUUUACUCUAUUUUUGGAGUUAUAAUAACUCCCUAAAAAGUACGGUGUAGCUUGUGGAUCGAAGGACAUGCCAUAAAAGGACAGUGACGAUGGCAAGGUGCACACACGAAGGCUGUCUAGAUUGUUGAGAACUGAAGUCUCAUUUCUUGUGCCCUUUCGUGAUCCUUCACUUCAGUUGCUUAGAUCGACUCUUGGUAACGAAAUGCUGUUAUGACGUACUAUUUAGUAACGUUAUAUCGUAACCAGAUUGAUUGUCGUCUUCGGUUAAGUCCUAAAAAAUGGAAUCCGGAAACAGAAUAAGAAAUCAAACAUUAACGAUAGAAAAAUAAGUUUAGGAAACAAAGUUUGAACAGUUCAUAAAUAUGUCCUUUGAAAUGAAGAGCUAAUAGUCCGAGGGAAUUUGUCUUAGCAAUCCUGGAAAGGAUUUAUCGUUAAAAUGUAACAAAAGGUCGCUCUCGGCAAUUUUUGUUGAACGAAAAUCUUAAAUUCUUGUCAAAGUCUGUUCGGUCUUUUGGUUGCAAAAUUUUGUGAUUGUUGAGUCCGAAGAGGUACAGAGACGACAGCAUCAACACAACAUACUUUAAUACCAUAGAUUCAUACAGCUCUCACGAAUGACAGCGCUACCGCCGGUCAGCGGCCAGUUAGUACUUCAUGUUACUACAUCUUCCUUUUUUUUUUAAGUUAACUAAAUGUCAAUAAGGACAACGCUGUUCUCCAGUGUCCUAAAGUGAAACUAAUCUUAGCAUUGUUCGAUAAGUCUGUCAGGUCUUCUUAGAGCUCCUCUAGGUCUAAGGCGUGUCAGCAUCGGUUCAGGCUGCAAGAGCUUGUCCACUGCUGGUUGGUCCCCAGGGACAGGUAGUUCUACAUAGUCUUCUUGGCUGACUCCAGGAGCUGAGGAUACGUCUGGGUUCCUCUCUCUUGUUGGUAUCCGCUCAUGAUUCUCAUAGUCUUCAUUCUGGGGUGGGACCGGAGAACUUCCCACCAGAACUCUUCUUGUCAUCCGGCGGUUUCUUCUCACUUGUCCGUUUUGGGUCUGUAUGAUUACAGAUCUUGGACUCUCGUGUGGCUUAAUCACUGUUCCUUCCUCUUUUAAAUCGGGGAUCCAAAUGCGGUCACCGGGUGACAGUUCCUUUCCCUCUACUACUUUGUGUCUAUGGUCAUAAUCGAAUUUCAUCUUAGCUCGGUACUCCUUCUCUUUCCUUCUGAUGUGAUCACGGUCUGGGGUCUCUAGCUUUAGCUCCUCCGGGUGACAGGGGACUCUUGUACGAAGUUUCCGACCCAUGCUCAAUUGUGCUGGAGAGUAACCGUGGUGCAAUGGAGUAUCUCUGUAAUUCAAGAGAGCCAAGUAUUCGUCAUUACUCUUAUUCAAGACCGCCUUCAUAGUUUGGACCGCCCUUUCCACUUCACCGUUGGACUGGGGGUAUCUUGGAGACGAUGUUAUGUGUUGAAACUGCCAGUCUGUGGAAAAGUUAGUGAACUCGUGUGAAUCAAACUGGGGGCCAUUGUCGCUAAAUAAGAUGUCUGGAAUCCCAUGUCGACUGAAGAUCCUCUUAAGUUGCAGGAUAGUCUGGGCAGAGUUUACAUUCUUGGACACUUGACUUAUCUCUACAUCUCUUGAAAAGUAAUCUACGGCUAGGAGGUAAUGUUUAUCCUUGUGCUGAAAGAAGUCUACGCCAACUCUGCUCCACGGUCGUUCUGGAAACUCAGUACCUUUCAUUGGCUCAAUGCGUUCUCUGCGAUAUUUCUCGCACAUGGCGCAGUUAUGCACGACUCUUGUGAUGUCUUGGGAGAUUCCAGGCCACCACACUGAGGAGGCCGCAUUUGCACGUGUUUUGGUAAUUCCUUGAUGACCAUCAUGAAGACGCCUUAAUACAUCUGCCCUCAGCCUCGGAGGAAUAAUGAUUCGCCGUCCUCUCAGGAGCAGGCCGUCGUGGAGGGAGAUGUUGCCACGUUCACUCCAGUAUUUAGCUAUUGGCCCGUGGACUCUUCGUUUCUCUUCAGGCCAUCCAUUCUGCACAUACUGCAUCACAGUUUUAAGUGUGUCAUCACUCUUCAACUCAGAACGUAUCUCAUCUAACCGCUGGUCGGAGACAGGUAGGGUUACCAAUACAGCAUUCACAUAGCACUCGACUUCGUCAUGUAGGUCGUUCCAUGACUUAGGCUCCUGGGCUUUACCCUCCUGGGGGGAUCGAGACAAUGAAUCAGCUGUGUACAAGAAUUUACCAGGAACAUGUGCGAUGGCAAAGUCAAAUCUCAUGAGUCUCAUCCUGAAGCGUUGUAUGCGUACUGGUAGCUCGUCAAUCAGCUUUGUGGAAAACAAUGGAAUCAAUGGCUUGUGAUCGGUUUCCACUUUAAAUCUCAUUCCGAUCAAGAAUUCAGCCCAGUGUUCAAGUGCCCAUGUGAUAGCCAAGGCCUCUUUUUCGAUCUGGGCAUAACGACGCUCUGUCUCGGUCAUUGAUCUGCUAGCAUAGGCCACUGGCCUCAUUUCACCGGACGGCUGCUUCUGCACGAGGACCGCACCAAGUCCAAAACUGCUGGCAUCAGAUGAGACCACGGUCUCCUUCUCUGGAUCGUACAGUGCAAGAACUUGGUCGGAUGCCAUGUCUACUUUCAGCUGUCGGAAGGCUUCUUGUUGGGCUGUGCCCCACACCCACGCGCUCUCCUUCUUGAGCAAGUCUCUUAAGGGUUUCGUCUUCUCAGCCAGAUUUGGGCAAAACUUCAUAAGGUGGUUGACCAAACCCAGGAAACGUCUCAGGUCUGCAAUGUUCUGGGGUUCUGCCAUGUCGGUGAUGGCUUUGAUCUUGGAGGGGUCUUUCCUGAUUCCAUCACUGUCAAUGAUUUGGCCCAAGUAUUGCAACCUGGAUUGAGAAAAUAAACACUUCUCAAGGUUGAGUGUUAGUUUCCUCUCGACUAGCCUGUCAAGGACUUGCUUAAGUCGUUUGUCAUGUUCCGCUUGGUCUUUCCCGAUGAUUAGAAUAUCAUCCAUGCGGCACUUGACCCCUUCUAUUCCAGAGAGUUCUUUGUCCAUCCUCUUUUGGAAAUGUUCUGGGGCUGAGGAUAUGCCGAAGGGAAGACGCUUGAACAUGUAACGGCCGAAGGGCGUGAUAAACGUAGUUAGCUUGGCACUUUCUGGGUUUAGGACUAUCUGAUGAAACCCUGAGUUGGCAUCAAGUUUGGAGAAUACUGAGCCUUCUGUUAGGCUUCCCAGGGUCUCUUCAACUGUUGGCAUUUGAUAGACUUCUCGGUGGACCGCUUGGUUAAGCCUGGUAAGAUCAACACAUAUCCGCACCCUGCCAUCGGCCUUUGGCACUACCACAAUCGGUGAACACCAUUCUGUCGGCUCAUCCACUGGUUCAAUAACGUCCAGUUGUUCCAUACGCUUGAUCUCCUCUUGCACUUGCUUCAUUAGUGGCAGUGGCACUCGCCUGGGAGUGGUCAAACAAAAGGGUGUGGCCCCUUCCUUCAAUUGAAUUGUAUGCUCACCCUCCAAUUUGCCAAGGCCUUGAAAAAGUGAUGGGUACUGCUUGACAAUGUCCUCCUUGGUCCCUGAUUGGAGUGGAUGGCUAUCAGGCAUUUGAUGGACAGCUUUAACACUGUAUGUCCCAGGGAUUUCAUGGAUAAGACCAAGACUUCGGAUGGCGGGUAUCCCCAGAAGCAACUUGGAUGCCCCACUGACUACGUACACUCGUUCUUUAAUGACUGUUUCGUCUUGUUGGAGGUUCAUGACUGCACAUCCAAGGGUCUUCAAAGGAACAUCCCCUGCUCCGACAAGUUCUCUGUCAGAUUUUGAAAGUGUUCCAUAUGAAGACUUGUAGAUGUGCUCAGGCAUCACAGACACUUGUGCUCCUGUGUCGAUGCACCAUGCCAGCGUCUCUUGGUCUUGAAUCUUGAGGUUGACAUGCCAUCCAGGGUCGGAGCUACUGGUUUGAGAGUUUACUGCUGGUUCGGCCUUGGAGGUGUUUGGACUAGUGGGUGUGUAAACCCCUCCCACAAAUGUGAGGCUAAAGUUAUCCUCGGUUUCAAGAACUUCGUUGACCGUCUUUGGAGGUACACUCUUGCAUAUGAUAGGGAAAUGUCCCAUUUUGUUGCACUUGCUGCAUCGUGCAUCUGCCGCUGGGCAGUUCUUCUUUCCAGGGGGGUGUCGGCGGUUGCAAUACCCACAGUUCCGGCCACUUGUUUGGAAGGGCUUCCUCUUGAAGUCUCGCUGGUUCCUUUGCUCUGUAUCUUGACCAGCAUGAGGGUCUUUCCUAUUCCCUCGCGGUGUGACGCUCUCAAUCUCUGCGGUUUUUGAUUCGUGUAACUCACGUUUUGUUGCUUCCUUCAAAGACAGGAUUUUCACUGCCUUUUCGAGUGAAAGGGCUGCUCCCUCGUCAUAGAGUUUUAGCUUGUAAUUGUCUUCCUUGCAGGAAAAGGUAAGUUUGUCUCUAACUGCUUGCUCAUAGAAAUCGGCUGGGAACUUGCACUCGGCGGCUCUUUCCUUGACAGUCACCACCCACGAAUCAAAGGUCUGUGUGGGCUCUCGUUUAAGGUGAAGCCAAAAUUUCUCUCGCAGCAUGAGUUGAGGGUCCCGUUUUUGAAAGUAUUCAUCAAACUUUGCCACAACGGUCGCGUAGUUGUCGGAGUCUUCGGCUGGAAGUUUCUCUUCUCCUCCCGCGGGGUCGUCACGCUCAGGUAGGUAGGUGAAAUUCGAGUAAAUUUCCAAACACGGCUCGCCGAUGUGGUUUAAUAGCAGCCCCACUUUCAUUUCAUCGGGUUUCUUUGAAGCUCCAAUUGCCUUGAGGUAAAUUUCGAAUUUUUGUUUCCAUUUUCCCCACGAGUGAGCAGGAUUUCCCAUCGAAAUUUCCAGCGGUUCCGGUGGUUUGGCGAAUGGCAUGCUUUCCGCCAUCUUGUUUUGAACCACGUGCGUAGGAUCCGCGUGAAGUUUGACCGGUCAAUUCGUCUCAGUAUUUGAUCCGUUUCUCCGAUUGGUUUGAUCUCCGCAACUGUAGGCUAGUAGGAAGGUCACGCUUCUGACACCAUGUUGAGUCCGAAGAGGUACAGAGACGACAGCAUCAACACAACAUACUUUAAUACCAUAGAUUCAUACAGCUCUCACGAAUGACAGCGCUACCGCCGGUCAGCGGUCAGUUAGUACUUCAUGUUACUACAGUGAUAGCUCAACAACCGCUUGGGCGGGGACUAGCUCUGAUUGGAUAUACAGGAAAGUUCAGUUAUUUCUUCACUUCAGCAACGCUGUAUUGCUCGUUUUCACCGCUUGUAUACUGUAUACUCAAUGCAACGGGCGCUAGUUUAGAGUGAAGCUCAUUGCAGCUCCUUCUAUCCUGAUUGGACUUGAAGGCUGUGUCAGUCUUACUUAUUUUAGAUUUAGUCUUUCAUCAGUAAAAAUAGUUCACAUGUUUUCCUUUGAGGCCACGACGUAAUAAGGAAACUGACUUCUACUUUAAAUUUACAUAGGUUCAGUAAAUGUCCAGUCGAAACAAAAUAGCCCAAGAAAUAUAAAUAAAAAAGUACAAGUCGUCAUUUUGCGCUCAGUACAAAGUUGUCGUUUGGAACCUUGUUGAUGGCAUACUUAGCAAUUAAUGAAUUCGGCUUUCGUAGGAUAUGAAGAAUUAAGCAGAUCGAGGAGGGUGUUAUCCAUAGAGGCCGGAGGCCGAGGUUGAUAACAUGCUCUGAGAUCUGCUUAAUUCUUCAUAUCCUGCGAAAGCCGAAUUCAUUAAUUGCUUUAUUGUUCAUUCACAAUAAUUCUUAGUUUAAAAACAUAGCUAAAACAUGCUUACCUGCAUCGAUGUCAAGUUUAUCUUCGAUAGUGUACGUUUACGUUUAGGUUUGUCGAGCUCCGCAAAUAUUAUCCAAAUAGCGAAUGUCGCCCUCCGAGUUGUCUUUUUGCUGUUUUUGCUAUGUUUUUAGCCAUUAUUUCGCCUAGUUCCAGCUGUAGUUCUUACUCUUGAAACGAGUGAAGUGUCCGCCAUCUUAGUUUUCACAACGAAAACAACUCAGCCCCGUCCCCAGGUCUUCUCGGGUAACGGUGCAUUAACCUGCAAGAACGCCGCAUUUUUGACGUCAUUUCCUCGCUAAACGCAAAAUUCUUCCAAAUUUGGUCAUCAGUAACUGGUUAUGAUGAAUUAAACGUGUGCUUUUGGCCAAUCAGAAUCGGGGAAAUAUUUUGAAUGAAUAAUAAUAACAAUUAAUGAAUGAGGCUGAGUAUCUUAUGAAGAAUUAUGGAGAUCGAGGAGGAUGUUAUCCGUCCAGGCGUAGGCCGAGGCGGAUAACACCCUCCGAGAUCUCCAUAAUUCUUCAUAUGAUACGAGAGCCGAAUUCAAUAAUUGUUUUAUUAUUCAUUCAAAAUAAUUCCUAGUUUAAAAACAAAGCUAAAACAUGCUUACCUCCAUCGAUGUUAAGUUCACCUUCGAUAGUGCACGUUUAGGGUUGUUCAGCUCCGCAAAUAUUCUCCAAAUAGCAGAUGUCGCCCUUCGAGUUGUGUUCUUGCUGUUCUUGCCAUAUUUUUAACUAUAAUUUCGCCUAGUUCUUACUCUUGAAACUAGUGAAAUGUCCGCCAUUUUUCAAGUUCACAACCAAAACAACUCAACCUCGCCCCAGGUCUUCUCGGUGAACAGUGCAUUAACCCGCAAGAACGCUGCAUUUUGGACGUCAUUUCUUCGUUAAACACACAGUUCUUCCAAAUUUGGUCGUCAGCAACUGGUUAUGGUAAAUUAUGCAUGUGCUCUUAGCCAAUCAGAAUCGGGGACUUAUUUUGAAUAAAUAAUAACAAUACUUAUUAGUCCCGCCUUUUCAAUACAUCAACUUAAGGGUUGUUUACUAUUUUAAUUAGUUAAGAAUACAAACACAUAAACUAUACAAAAGGUGUUUACUUCAAACCAAUCUCAAACUAUUCCACCCAGCUGAAUUUCAAUUAACGAAAUAAAACUAACGAAUUGAUCGAGAGACUCCGGUAUACAGGGUUUCAGUUUCCAAAACCCAGGCAAGGUCAAAAAAAUUCCCAAAACCGCAAUAGAUUAAUAAAAACAGCAUUUUCCAGGCGAAACCUAACUUAUUUGGACAAGACUCGACUGGAGGCUUCCAUCUACGUGGCACCAAAAACGCAGAUUCAAAAACGACACCAGAGUUUUUAAAGCGCCGGCUUUUCGUUUACGUGAACAGACGAAACUGGAGAUUUUCGAAUUACUUAUCCAUCAAACAUCCUUUGAUCAAGACGAUCACUGUUAAAUACCACAAGUCACAUAUUGAUGAUUAUUUAAAUAAAAACAAGUUGUAAAUGACAAUGGUUAAUAGGUUUUAAAAUUGAUAAAAAUCGAGACGCCAUUCAUUUUUCAAAUAGGGCAAAAUUACCGUUUUACAAUUUGAAAGACUGCGAUCAACGCUUACAUGCACUUUUUUCGCGGAAUCAACUGACUUGGUCUAUUUUUAUGGCAUGGGCCGAGAUAAGUGCAUCUGUGGGCAAUGCAUCUAUGCACCUAGCUUUUUUGGUCAUUAUCUUGAUUCGGACGCCGAGUCGACUCCAGAAAAGUGAGUCAGCCUGAACAGUUCCUAAACAGCGAAAUAGUUGUUGUACCCCUGCUCUACUAAUGAUGUAUUGAGACAAGGAUCUUUUGUAAUCAGCAGGUCAUAAUUUUGUACUUGUACGUUAUUCCACAGGUUUAUUGUGACAUGUCAGGAGGUGGCUGGACGCUCGCUGCUCGGUUUUCGAACGCUGAUUCUAAAAACUGGAUGCGAGAUGAUGCUUACUGGUGGUAUGACAUUCAGUCGUCACAGGGUUCGCCUACCAGCCCUUCAAGUAACUACGAUAUGAUAUCGGAAGCGUUUUGGAAAGUCAAAGGAGAUAACAUUAAGAUAACUCGAACCGACGAUAGCUCACACUCCUCCCUUCUACGUACUUACUCGAAUUGCUUAAGUGACAGAACCCUAAGAGGGUUUUUGUCCAGUUAUGGCAGGUUUACUUAUCGUAACGUCUGGUCUAAUGACAAAUGUCUUGGAAGCUGUUCAGUGUAUUUUGGUGGUUGGUAUAGUUCCACGACAGGGUUUAGCCAAGCGCACUGUAGUGGCAACAUCCAGGGAAGCAACCGUAUUGGGUUCUGGUGUCAGUGGAGUACUGGCGAUGGUUCAGUGAUGAUGUUCGGGGGAGGAGGAAGUGGCUGUAACAGAGCAGAUCAUGGUAUUGGUAUCACUGAGAAUAACUACGGAGCAUUUGAAGAGUGGUCAGAUUUAGGAGAGCACGAUUUUGGAGACGAUGCGAAUUCUUCCCCGACUACUUCUUACUCGUUGAAUUUGUGGAUUCGCUGA